GUGGUAAUUGGGGAGUCACUGUGAAUGCUUCGCUUCUGCCACCAUUUUUUUCGGGUUAUGCUUCUUAUAAUGCUAUUCAGAUUCCUUAUGAAAAUUCCACUGGCUCUAACUACAAUACGAGGCCUUCUGAUGUUUCCUCCAGAGGAAAUGUUGUUCCAGGAUAUUAUGGACAAAUGGGGGUUGCAAGUCAACAUCCAUAUACGGAGCCAAUGUAUGUGUCUUAUCUUCAGCAUCCUUCCGCACAUGCAUAUGCUAGUCCAGGUCAAUUUGACCCAACAGCUCCCAGGGGAAGUGCUAUUGGGAGUUCUCCAGGUUUUGAUCCACAGAAAGGUUCAUUACCUUUUGCUUAUUCAUCUGAUCAGAGCCCUCAUGUCCUGAGAUCUGGAGCUGUUAACUCUCCAAGUAUCAGGAAGGGUGGAACUACUAAUUCAAACUUUUAUGGGAAUCCCACCAACCUUGGCCUUUUCAUGCAAUAUCCAACUUCUCCCCUUACCAGUCCUGUUUAUCCAGGAUCACCUGUGGCUAAUUCAGUAACUUCUGGCAGAAUAAGUGAGAGCAAUAGGUCAUCUGGUAGCUCAGUUAGGGGUGGAGGGGCAUAUCCUGGAUGGCAAAGCCCAAGAUUGCAUGAUAAAAUUGAUGAUUCAAAAUUGCACUCAUUUCUUGAAGAGUUGAAAUCCACCAAGUCCCGUAGAUAUGAGUUAUCUGACAUUGCUGGACGCAUUGUUGAGUUCAGUGCUGACCAACAUGGAAGCCGAUUUAUUCAGCAGAAGUUGGAAAGCUGUAGUGCUGAAGAGAAGGCAUCUGUUUUUCAAGAAGUUCUUCCACAUGCUUCAACAUUAAUGACCGAUGUAUUUGGGAAUUAUGUUAUCCAGAAGUUUUUUGAGCAUGGAAGUCCUGAGGAGAGGAAGGAACUUGCAAAUCAGCUUGUCGGGCAUGUCUUGCCAUUGAGCCUUCAAAUGUAUGGUUGCCGAGUGAUUCAAAAGAUCUUAAUCAAUUGUCAGUCUCUUGAGGCACUUGAAGUGAUUGAACUAGAUCAAAAAACACAGCUUGUAUUUGAGCUGGAUGGGCAUGUUUUGCGAUGUGUUCGUGAUCAAAAUGGAAAUCAUGUAAUUCAGAAGUGCAUUGAACGUGUGCCAACUGAGAGAAUUGGUUUCAUCAUUUCUGCUUUCCGGGGACAUGUUGCUACACUCUCUAUGCAUCCCUAUGGAUGCCGAGUUAUUCAGAGAGUUUUGGAGCAUUGUUCUGAUGAAUUGCAAAGUUCUUGCAUUGUGGAUGAGAUUUUACAAUCUGCUUGUAUUCUAGCUCAGGAUCAGUAUGGAAAUUAUGUGACUCAGCAUGUUUUGGAGAGGGGAAAACCUCUAGAGAGGAGCCAAAUCAUCAACAAACUUUCUGGUCAAGUUGUGCAAAUGAGCCAGCAUAAGUUUGCUUCCAAUGUUAUUGAGAAGUGUCUUGAGCAUGGUAACUCUGCUGAAAGAGAAAUCUUGAUUAUGGAAAUAGUUGGUCAAACUGAAGGGAAUGACAAUUUGCUGAUCAUGAUGAAGGAUCAAUUUGCAAAUUAUGUAGUUCAGAAGAUUCUGGACGUCUGUACAGAUACACAAAGAGAGCUUCUGCUUGGCUGCAUACGGUCUCACUCACAAGCUUUGAAAAAAUAUACUUAUGGAAAACACAUAGUUGCUCGGGUAGAGCAGUUAUGCGGUGAUGGAGAAGAAAACCCUUCUUCUGAAUUCUGAAAAGCUGGAGGGCACAUAAAAGUAAUUGUACUUGUUGGAAGAAUCACAGAGGGCCAACUUUGCUGGUCAGACGCCAUCGACUCCAGUAAAGCGUUCGUUAUGAUGGCACUCCUCUGGCGAGCUACCCACCUCACUUGGUAUAUAUUCGAAUUGUAUUGUAAAGGCGGUAAAUAUCUUUUAUAUUUAUAUAUGUUGUAUAUCUUUGAACGUUCGUUUAUGAUAUAUAUAAUAUAUGUGUAUACACUACCUGAUAAAAUCUAGCUCAGUUUCCUUAUUGCUAAUGAUUUCUGACUAUUAUUUACUGAUAUGAUAAGUUGGCGUGAUGAGUUGACAUGAA